CGCCGGUAUCGGGCACACGCACUCCACCGCGCCAGGCUUAACCUUCGCUGAAGAGUAUCAACGUUGACUCAAACUUCACGUGCGAGACUUGAGAGGGUUGAAGCUUGUGCAUUUUAACUAGGGUGGAGCACCACACGUAGAAGGCACCGCGUCUCCCCCUGUGUGCCGAAGAAUAAAGACCAGACCACCAGCCAGCCGCGCGCCAAUCGUCUCGUCCGCCGCGCGCGUUCGACACCGUCGGCUGGAGCGACCUUGCGACAGCGCUCAAGCGACCGCUCUGCCAGCUCUUCCGGCAAGGCAAAGAGUGUGGGUGGCUGCAACCCGAGAGGCGGCGUUCGGCGGCUUCUUAAGAACGCGCACGUGCAUCGGUCGCAGUCGCGCAAGCGCUGCCCGUCGCUCAACACCGCGGCGCAGCAGGCGUACACCGCUGCGCGGCGACAGCGCGUCCGCCACUGAAGCCGUGGCUGCGGUCGCCGCCGCAAGAAUAGACCGGUUGUCCCAGCUUCUCCCCGGAUACACGCGCCACCAAAGCAAAACCCGCGGCGUGACAAAGCAGCACCGGUGACCAAACAGCGUCCAGCCAUGGGUUACAUGGGCGUCGAGCACACGCCCCUGUUCGGCCUCGUCCGAGCCCUCGAGCAGGUGCGGGACCCGCGCACCGUGGGCUGGUUCUACUCCGGCAACCCCGUGCCGAUCCACCUGAUCCUCAUGCUGUACGUGUACUUCGUCAAGUACCGCGGACCCGAAUGGAUGAAGGAUCGCAAGCCGUUCGCCCUGGUGGGAGUCAUGCGGCUCUACAACAUCACCAUGGUCGCGCUCAACUUCGCCUUCAUGGUGUUCUUCUUCAAGAACACCUACCUGCGCGGCAACUACAGCUGGCUGUGCACGGGCAUCGACUACCGGCCCACCGAGCAGUCCAUGACGGUGCUGAACGCCUGCUGGUGGUACCUGCACGUCCGCAUGGCCGAGUUCCUCGACACGGUGUUCUUCGUGCUGCGAAAGAAGAACUCGCAGGUGUCGAAGUUGCACGUCAUCCACCACUGCAUCGUCGUCUGGAACGGCUGGGUGGGCCUGACAUUCGGCGCCGAAGGCCAAAUCAUGAUCUGCAUCUGCAUCAACUGCCUGGUGCACGUGUUCAUGUACUCGUACUACUUCCUCUCGUCGUUCGGCCCCGCCCUGCAGCCCUACCUCUGGUGGAAGCGCUACCUGACGCAGAUGCAGAUCGCCCAGCUGGCCUUCUUCGUCGUGUACGCCAUCGUGCCCAUGGUCUACGACUGCAACUACCCGCGCGUCAUGCUCUGGAUAGGCUUCGUGCAGGCGCUGCUGCUGCUGACGCUCUUCUGCAACUUCUACCUGCACGCGUACAGGGGAAGCAGAAGGCCACGGUAUGCACCCGUCAAGAAGCACGUCGAGUGAGUGACCGAGAGAAAGCGCAUUCAGUAUAGCGGGGGACCGAGUUUUUUUUUUAAUUUAUACAUAUAAUUACCGCAAAUACUUCCGGGUGCUGCCAUAAUUGGUCCCACGUACUUCCAUGUGUCUUGAUAAGCAUUUAAGUCGGUCGUCAGUGGAGUGCCGGUUGCGGUACGUCCUUCGUCGCACGUCCGUGCAGUUUCGUCGUCGUGGUGUUCUGUGCCUUCGACAACGGUGCCUUUGCGCCGGCUUGAGCUAACCGACCAAGUGGUCCACGCUGUACGAACUGUGAUCUUCCGCUGGCAAACCGGCGGCCGUCCCGACUCCACGAGGAAGCGACGCAAGCGUUCUUCGCGGAGAACAAAGGAAGCGUCGGUCGCCCCUUCGGACGUGUCGUUGCUAUAGCAGUAUAUGUAUACGCGCGAACUGUGCGCACUGCUGACGUUCUGAGACAUUGCGCUGAACGUGGGCGGUGGCGCCGACUGCGCGCAUGCGUACAACGCCAGUGCAACCCUGCGUUCCUCACUUCCACGACGCCCCUUGAUUUCGAGGCAGGAAUAAAGUAGGUAUUUUUAUCGAU